AUGUGUUAUUUUUACUGUGUUUUUCCAAUUCUCUCAAUUUAUUUUGGCCUAAGCCAAACUGAAAAAUCACCAUCAGAACUCCAAAAAAUUGCUAUUUCUGAAUUGGAAAACAAAAUCAGAGAAGUUUUCGCUGAUCCAAUCCAAGUUUCUGAUUGUUCCGGAAGAAUUGAGAACUUUGAAUUGAAUUUUGGAAACUUUUUUUAUGUUGGAAUAUUUAUGGAUGGAAAAAAUGAUGCUAGUUCUUAUUUUGAAGGAUCUACUUUAGUUCAUAGAAUUGAGACAUCUAGAACAUAUAUUUUUAAAUCUGAAAUUCAAAAAAAUACUGGGAAAUAUAAAAUUGAGAGGAUUGAAUUGGAAUGUUCGGCUUUGGAUACUUCACAAAUGAUCCAUUCAAUGUUUCUCAAAACACUGAAGAAAAAAGAUUUUUCUGAAAUUUUGAAUAUUCCAUAUAAAAUCGAUAAUUGUGGUGAACCGGAUAGUUACGAAUUGAAAGAUUUGGUGAAUGUGUUUUUCAUUGGAUGGCAAUCGAAAGUUGUUUCAGCAAAUUUUGAAGCAGAAGAUCGGAAAGUUUUGAAAUUUUCAACCAAAUGGGAAACAUAUUUCGCAUCUCAUUCCAUUGAAUUUACAGCUAUCAAAAAUGAAACAACUCGAAAAUAUAUGAUUUUCUCGGAAUCAAGGGAUUGUUAG